AUGGGUGAUACGAAUGGACAAGUGGUAGUUGGUGGCCGUGGCCAAGGAAAUCGAUUGGAUCAAUUAGAUCAUCCAGCCGAUGUGUUGAUCGACAAAGAGACGGAUAGUCUCAUUAUUUGUGAUUAUAUGAAUCGACGAGUCGUACGAUGGUCUCGUCGUAGUGGUACAACUCAAGGAGAAAUCCUUAUCGACAACAUUAAUUGUCACGGAUUGGCCAUAGAUGAUCAGAGAUAUCUAUACAUCUCUGACGCCGACAAAGCUGAAGUAAGACGAUAUCAAGUAGGAGACAAGAAUGGAACUAUUGUGGCUGGUGGCAAUGGCAAAGGUGCUGGUCUCAAUCAACUCAACCAUCCGACCUACAUCUUUGUUGAUCAACAACCGACUGUCUACGUGUCAGAAAAAAACAAUCAUCGUGUAAUGAAAUGGAAUAAAAGUGCAAAAGAAGGAAUUGUCGUCGCUGGAGGUCAAGGCCAAGGGAAUGCUCUGACACAAUUGUCGUAUCCUUACGGACUGUUCGUCGAUACAUUGGGUACCAUCUAUGUGGCAGACCAUAUGAAUCAUCGAGUGAUGCGUUGGCCUAAAGGAGCGAAACAGGGCACUGUCAUUGUGGGUGGAAAUGGUGAAGGAGCAGGAGCAAAUCAACUCAGCCGUCCCGUUGGUUUGUCCUUCGAUCGAUAUGGCAAUCUCUAUGUCGUCGAUUGUGACAAUCAUCGUGUUCAACGCUUUUCAAUCGAAUAGACUCAAAACGAUGGAUUAAUUUUUUUGUGUUCCUUUCCUUUCAAAUAAAUCACGUUGAAUUGAUGAAAUGAAUGUCUAUUCUAUUCGCACGCGCGCGACCAGGAAUCAUCCUGGUGGAGUCGUGGCGAGCGUAACGCUCAUGCACGCACAGGACAGACUCAUAUCAUCCAUAUCCUCCCCGCGAGAGAUAUGUGAAUGAGUCUGAAUAAGCCUGGUCGUGUGCCACAGACCAGAGGGUGUGGGUGUGGAGUGUGGGUGCAGGUGCACGUGUGAGUAUGCGG